AUAAUUCAAAACAAAUAACGCGACCCAAAACCUGUUCAUAUAUAUUUUAUAAUCUGCAAAAAAUUGUGCCCAACAAGUGCCCAUGUGUCUUGGAAUGUUCGAAAUUUGUCUCCACAACUUGUAUGAUUUCUAUAUUUAAAUGUAGUAAGCCGCAUCUGAAACACUUGCCGCUCUGCCGACGCAAUUGAACUGCCAACAUCAGCAGGCGACGUAGAAAUUAAUUAUCGAACAUAAAACAAAACAAAGCCCAAGACCAAAAAGUAACAGAGAAAAUAAUACGAAUGGAGCACACGAAAAUCAUCAUCAUCAUCGGCAACAGCAAAGAAAACCUUGAGAGCGCCGACAACAACAACCAAAAAUUUGGAAAGAAAAAACCGAAAAACAUUUUUAUUGAUCGGAACUCGGAACUGCCCACGUCUGUGUCUUUUUGUUUUAUGCCGCGCACUCGGCCGGUUCAAGGGAGGCUAAGGCCCCUGCCCAUAUCACCCCCAUAUCAUCUAUAUUCAUCGCAAUCCGUUGAUCUCGAGCCGCAGAUCUGGAGCUCGGCUAUAUCUAUGCCUAUCUCUCGGGACGCUCUGGGUACUCCGCAGUCGAUAGACUCGGAGCUCGCGUUCUGGCUUCGGUUUUUUGUUUAUUAAAAAUUAAAUAAACCGAAAAAAGAAACUGGAAAUUCAUUAAUAUGUUAAUUUUUUUGUCUUGCCUCAUUGAUUGUGUCGCUUCGGCUUUGGCAUGUGUGUGCUGGUGUUUGUGGCCGGGCGAGCGUUAAUGUUGGCUAAGCAGAUUUUCGGAGGAUGACAAACACAGACAGUGGGAAUGCUUUUCGUAAAUCGAAACUUUU